AUGGGUUCAAUCAAGGAAGUUAGUGCGGAAAUUGAGCAUAGCUCCGAGAUGACUGCAUUUCACGAUGAGCAUAAAGAAGCCGAUCCCGUUACUGUCGUUUCGGCAGCUCAGGCUGCUGAAAACCUCGAUCAUGUUAAGCCAUCCCCUUGGACGCCGAGUAUGUUUCGUCUUUACACCGUCCUAAUGUGCGCUUACCUGGGUGCUUGCACCAACGGCUUCGACGGUUCCGUCAUGGGCGGAUUGAACGCCAUGACUUCAUAUCUGGAAUACUUCCAUAUGGAAUCCGCUUCUGCUUCAACUGGCCUCGUGUUUGCCAUUUAUGGAAUUGGAUCAAUCUGUGCCCUCCCCCUCGUCGGCCCUGUAAACGAUUAUCUCGGCCGGCGUGCUGGAAUGUUCACCGGAGCAACCAUUAUUAUCGUCGGCGCUAUUGUCAUCGCAAAGUCGCUCAGCACUGGCAUGUUCUUGGGCGGACGUUUUAUCCUGGGAUUCGGGGUUGCCUUUUGUAACAUCAGUGCACCCGUUUAUGUCGGCGAAAUCGCUCACCCAUACUGGCGUGGAACACUGAUGGGUAUCUACUCAAGUCUUGCUGGUAUCGGUUCUAUUGUGGCUACAUGGGUAGUUUAUGCUGCUCAGUUCUUAGGCCCGAACGGAUGGCGCAUUCCUCUCUGGUGUCAGUUGAUCUCAUCUGGCAUUCUCUUCAUCUUUGUCUGGACUUUACCAGAAAGCCCAAGAUGGCUGGUUGCUCAGGGACGACUCGAUGCUGCGAGAAAGGUGUUAAUCCGCUACAACGGCGAAGGAAACCCCGAGCAUCCCCUCGUACAUCUAGAGAUGGCAGAAAUGGAGGCCCAAAUCUCGAUGACAGGAUCUGAUAAGAGAUGGUGGGAUUAUAGCGAGCUCUGGAAGACCCGUGCUGCGCGUCGCCGUUUAAUCUGUGUGCUGACCAUGGCUACCUUUGGACAGUGGUCAGGAAGCUCGCUCACAAGUGCCUAUUUGCCGGUUAUGCUCCAAAAUGCCGGAAUCACUGAGCAGAAUAAGCUGAUGUUGAACGGCAUCUUUACCGUCCUGACAUUCCUUUCAAACUUGUGUGGCGCCAGACUAAUGGACAAGGUUGGAAGAAGACCACUUCUUCUCGGUACACUCAGUUUCUGCGUUGUAUGUUUUGCGAUCAUCAUUCCAACCUCGAAGCACGCUACUGAGCACCCAGAGAACAAGCUCAUUGCGAACACAUCAAUCGCUUUUAUUUACCUCUUUGGUCUAAGUUGGUACUUGGCAUGGGCUCCUCUUUCACCUAUGUAUAUCGUUGAGGUGCUUGACACGAACACAAGAGCUAAAGGAAAGUCCCUCGCUCAGCUUUUCACGGCAGUUUGCUCAACUGUUAUCACAUACUCAUCUUCUCCCGCAUUUGCAGCACUGAAGUAUUACCUUUAUGCUGUGUUUAUCGGAUGGGAUCUCAUGGAGCUCGUUGUUAUAUAUUUCUUUUGGCCUGAAACUAGAGGCCGCACCCUUGAGGAGCUCGAGGAAGUUUUCUCAGCUCCGAACCCGGUAAAGAAGAGCUUGGAGCCGAAGAGUACUCAGACAGUCAUGAACGCCAUUCACGCUAGGAAGAGGGAUGUGGAGAUGACAGAGACCACCAAUCCCGUUUAA